AUGGUUUUUUUACAGUAGCAAAUGAUACUUGUUUUUUUAUAAAAUAUUUAUAAUUAAACAGUUUAGUAAAAGUUCCUUAACUUGAUUAAAAUAAUAAUAUUUUUAAUGAUGAAAAUAAUAUUGGAUUUACUUAUUUUUACACUUAUUAUGAAAAUAUUAAAUAAUAUACAGAUUUUUUCACUCAUGAGACUUUAUAAUUAGGAGUAGAUAAAUUAGUAAUUGAAAUGGAGGAAAUUUAAUUUUAAAUAAAACAUAAAUUUUAAUAAAAUGUACCUGAUUUAAGAGGAAAGACUUUCUUUAUGUAAAUGA